UCUUUACCCAUAUCUCCUUAACUAUGAAUGGUAGUAAGAUAAAAGUUGUGCCAUUUUAAAGCUAAUCACAUUAAGCUUUUCGUUUAGGCUAUUGUUUUUUUUAAGAUUCUUUUCAGACCCAUUAAUGGCGUUCACUUGAAUCAUGGACUGUUGAUGAAAGGAGCCACCAGAGAGGAAGUCCAUAGUGAGAUGGCAUGCCUCAUCAUGCCAGUAGAUGGGCCAGAGGACCAGGUCCCCUCCUCCCACUCUGGGUUGGCCAGUGUGGCUCUCUGCAGGUCAAGCUCAGAGGAGAAUGGGGGGUCAGCAGUUUUAUCUCAGGACCCUGAGGCUGCGUCUCCUUGCACAGCUGUCAACGAAGCUGGGGAAGGUAACAGUGGUGGUAAGAGGUCCGGAGCUUUGGUGCAUAUUGACCGCCAGCGUAUCCAAUCAGCUUCUGGGGCUGACGAACUUCUUGGCCUCGGCGUGGCCAUCUAUGACCAGGAUGUCCUGGAGCAAGGUGUCCUGCAGCAGGUGGACGAGGCCAUCCAGCAGGCCAGUCAGGCUGCUGCAAAAGCAGAGGCCGAGAAGGAGUACGAAUCGGUGCUGGAUGAUGUCAGGUCUGUUACGGUAUCUCUAAAGCACAUCAAUAAAAUCAUUGAGCAGCUAUCCCCGUAUGCUUCAUCGAGUAAAGACAUCAGCAGGAAGAUUGAAUCGGUCAAAAGGCAGAAAGAAAAUAAGGAGAAACAGCUCAAGAAGGUCAGAGCCAAACAGAAGCGACUUCAGGCUAUUUUGGGAGGAGAAAUUAUCCAAAGGUUUGAAGAUGAGCUUUUGGCAGAGGAUGCAGAAGACACGGAGCCUGGCCCUUCCACGCUGGGCAGCAUGCUCAUGCCAGCACAGGAGACAGAGUGGGAGGAGCUCAUCCGGACAGGUCACAUGACACCUUUUGGUACGCGAAUCCCACAGACGGAGGAGAAGAAGGAGCCCCGCAAACCGAUGCUGGCCGAGAACUCGGCCUUCGAUCAGUACCUGGCCGACCAGGCUAAGCUGGCCACUGAAAGGAAGAGGACUCCUCAUGCGAAGAAAAGAAGAGGUUCUGCUAAGCAUCAACAAGGAUCUAAAGGAACCGCUUCGUCUCCCAAGGACAAGAAAAUGCGUAAGCGCAUGCGAAAGCUCCAGAUAACUGCACUGAAGGCUCAUCCCAAGGCGAGAACGAAAUCUGAGCCACAAGCGCCAAAGCCAAAGAGAAAAACUCCAACAGAAGGUGACGAGGUUGACAGCGAUGGCUCCGAGUACCUGCCGAGCGAUGAAGGCUUCGAUCCAGAACGAGACGCCAUGGAGGAAGGCUUUGGUGAAGACGAUGACGAAUACGAGUUGAAAGCGUACAAGAGGAAGAAUGAAGCAAAGGGAAAGAGGCCGGUUAAGAAACAGCAGAGUGAUGACCAGUAUUCAGAUAAAGAGGAUGACGACAAAAGCAAAGAGAAGAAAUGCAGAGAUGACGGCGAUGUGGAAUAUUACAGACAACGGAUAAGGAGGUGGAAGCGACAGCGUCUUCUAGAAAGGGAGGAGAGGCGGGAGAGAGGUGAGGAGCUGACAGACGACAGUGAUGCAGAGUUUGAUGAAGGCUUCAAAGUGCCUGGUUUCCUCUGGAAGAAACUUUUCAAGUACCAGCAGACUGGCGUGCGGUGGUUGUGGGAGCUCCAUUGUCAACAGGCAGGAGGUAUCCUGGGAGACGAGAUGGGUUUGGGUAAAACCAUCCAGAUCAUCGGCUUCCUGGCUGGACUGAGCUACAGCAAACUGAGGACCCGAGGCUCCAACUACAGGUAUGCUGGUUUGGGCCCCACCGUCCUCGUGUGUCCUGCUACGGUCAUGCACCAGUGGGUGAAGGAGUUCCACACCUGGUGGCCACCUUUUAGAGUCGCCGUUCUUCAUGGAACGGGGUCCUUCAGCAGCAACAAGGAAAAGUUGAUUGCAGAGAUAGCAUCAUGUCACGGCAUCCUGAUCACCUCAUAUUCAGCAGUGAGGAUCUUGCAGGACACCCUACAACGCUACGACUGGCACUAUGUCAUCCUGGAUGAGGGACACAAAAUUAGAAAUCCAAAUGCCGGAAUCACCCUAGCCUGCAAACAGUUCCGCACCCCUCACAGAUUCAUCUUGUCUGGCUCCCCCAUGCAAAACAAUUUGAAGGAGCUCUGGUCUCUAUUUGAUUUUAUCUUUCCUGGAAAACUGGGCACUUUACCCGUCUUCAUGGAGCAGUUCUCAGUGCCCAUCACUAUGGGAGGAUACAGCAAUGCCUCACCUGUUCAGGUCCAGACGGCGUUCAAGUGUGCAUGCGUGCUGAGGGACACCAUCAAUCCUUACCUCCUUCGAAGAAUGAAGGCAGACGUCAAGGCCAACCUCGCCUUACCUGACAAAAAUGAGCAGGUUUUAUUUUGCAGGUUAACACAGGAGCAGCGGCAGGUUUAUCAGAGCUUCUUAAACUCCAAAGAAGUCUUCCAGAUACUCAAUGGGGACAUGCAGGUUUUCGCGGGCUUGAUAGCGCUACGUAAGAUGUGCAAUCACCCGGACCUUUUCUCUGGCGGCCCGCGCCUGCUGAGGGGGAUCACCGAGGAGGAGCUGACUGAAGAGGAGCAUUUCGGCUACUGGAAACGCUCGGGCAAGCUGAUCGUAGUGGACUCUCUGCUGCGUCUGUGGUUCAAGCAGGGUCACAGAGUCCUGCUCUUCACGCAGUCUCGACAGAUGUUGCACAUCUUGGAGGUGUUUGUGAGGCAGAACAACUACACGCACCUGAAAAUGGACGGCACUACCCCCAUAGCUUCCCGACAGCCACUUAUCACCCGUUACAACGAGGACACAUCUAUAUUUGUCUUCUUGCUGACGACAAAAGUGGGAGGUCUGGGAGUCAAUUUGACUGGAGCCAACAGGGUUAUUAUCUAUGACCCCGAUUGGAACCCGAGUACUGACACUCAGGCGAGAGAGCGGGCCUGGAGAAUUGGUCAGAACAAGCAAGUAACCGUCUACAGACUCCUAACUGCAGGCACCAUUGAGGAGAAAAUUUACCACAGACAAAUUUUUAAACAGUUUCUGACCAACCGUGUCCUGAAGGACCCCAAACAACGCCGCUUCUUCAAGUCCAACGACAUUUAUGAACUUUUCACCUUAGUUGACCCUGAUGAGAAGCAGGGCACAGAGACCAGUGCAAUAUUUGCCGGUACCGGCUCUGAUGUCAAGGCACCUCAAAAAUCCGACAGAACGCACCAUAGUAAACACUCCAAACCUCAGCCAAAUGAAAUAUAUACGAAUAAUAGACAUUCCUUAUUAAACAGCUCUGAAUCUACAUGCACAUUAUCUCGGGGUACCAUAAACGGUACCACGAAUGCAGGAAAUCAUCCGAACGGCACGGAUGCAGAGCCGCAUUUGUCAUGUGCCCAACUAAAUAUCGACACAGGCCUGAAACGUAGUGAGAAGAGAAAGCACUGCGACUCCAACAAAGUGAAGAGACACAAAAGUAAGAAGCGUAAACGUGAAAAGGACGCUCGCUUCGAGGGACAACGCAUCUCACACUUAGUGAAGAAGAGAGAGUACAAGAGGAUGGACGCCGAAGACCGGAACAAAUCCGACGAUUACGUUUUGUCAAAGCUCUUUAAAAAAUCUGGAAUCCACAGCGUGAUGCAGCACGACUCCAUCAUCGAGUCCUCCAAUCCAGACUACGUCCUGGUGGAGGCCGAAGCUGACAAGGUGGCCAAGGAUGCCCUGAAAGCCCUCAAAGUGUCUCGCCAGCGGUGCAGACUGGCCGGUAGUCGAGCCCCCCCGCCGCCCGCACGGAAACGCUUUGGGCAAAAGAAGAAUUCGCUCUUGGUCGGACCAUCUGUGCACACGCUCCCCAAUUCGAGCAAAUGCAAGGAUGCUGCUAUCAUAACAAAGACACAGUCAAAGAAGCUUGAUUCAGGGGCUCAUUUCAGCGGGGAAGUAGCCGAAAGUGAUUUGAGCUCAGCCCCUCCCUCCUCAUGCACACUGCUGGCCCGCAUGAGAGAGCGCAACCACCUCAGCCUUCCCUCCCGGAGCCAAAGAGAGGAACAAGAAGACAACGAGGGAGAAGAGGACGGGGCCGGCAGCUCGCGUCCUGCUCCGAACACCGAGUUUGACGAGCUGCUGGCAGACCUGCGCAACUUUGUGGCCUUCCAGGCGCGAGUGGACGGGCAGGCCAGCACGCAGGAAUUGCUGGAGUACUUCACACCCAGACUGAGCGUCAAGCAGUCGCCCGUCUUCCGAGAACUGCUCAGGAGCAUCUGCGACUUCCAGCGCGGUUCUGGAGAGGAGGGCCUGUGGAGGCUUAAGGAGGAAUUGCGCUGAAAGCUAAGACAACGGCAACCUCCUCAAAUAUUCCCAUACAGCGGAACCUCAAAAGUUGACCAUAAUCCUCGAUGAGACGUUUCAAGGCAUAAUAGUCACCAAAUGCUCAGCUGCAUUCCUAACUAGAUGCGUUGUUCAUAUUUGGAUAUUGUACUGUACCUUUUAUAGGUUUUUUUUUCCUUAACUAGUUUGACACACCUCAAAGUCAUUCACUUACUUUUGACUUUUUGUAUGCAAAUUGCAAUGCACAAACAAGCGGACAACAUCAUCUCAGUCAAUCAUCCUCUACUCUUGUACAAUGUGCGGAAUCCACUCCAGUGCCUGUUUGAGCACUUCUGCCAAUUGUCUCAUUUAUUCUAUUUAUCUGAUGCUUCUUCUUGAAUACAUCCAAGCGCUUUUGAUACUGUCAGUUUACUCACAUUUGUGCUACAGUCAUUACCUCAAAUGUUCACAGUAAUGGUGAAUAUGUGCUUUUAUGAUCCGAACUAGUCAAGUGUCAUAAUUUUGAAAAGAAAUGGAAUGUGCAAUAAUAAACCUUUUU